AUGGCGGCCAUGGGGUGGGGUUCCCACGUCGUGGCGGGAGGAGACGAGGACAGUGACAGCGACGGGGACGGGUGGGAUAUCGGCGUCGAGCGGCAUGAACCGCAGCAGUUGGAUCAAAUGUUGCAGGCAGACAAGAAUAAAGCCUUGAAGGCGGCUCUGUUUCGGAGUGAUGUGCCAUUAAUUGAAGAUCUCUUAAACUCAGGUAUAAGCGUAGAAUGUAACUUUCAGUUUGGAUGGACUCCCCUGAUGUGUGCUGCCAGCAUGGCUGAUUUUGCAGUAGUGCGUCUUCUUCUGGACAGAGGUGCUAAUGCAUGUUUUCAAAUAGAUAAGUACACUGUGCUGAUGGCAGCAUGUACUGCACCUGCUUCAGAGGAGAAGGUCUUGAAGACUGUGGAACUGCUGCUGUCAAGGAAUGCUGACCCUAACCUUACCUGCAGGAAACAAAUGACUCCACUGAUGUAUGCAGCUAGAAAAGGCUAUCCUCAGGUUGUUUCUCUUCUUGUUGCUCAUGGAUCACACAUAAAUGCUCAAGAUGAAAAUGGAUAUACAGCAUUAAUGUGGGCGGCACAGCAAGGACAUAAAAAUGUGAUUUUGAAGUUGCUUGAAUUGGGAGCUGAUAAAAAUCUACAGACUAGGGAUGAAAAAACUGCAGCAGACCUAGCAAAAAUCAACAGACAUUCAGAGAUUUAUAGUUUACUCUCUUUAGCUGCAAAUCACUUGGAAGGGAGAUGCCAGGAAGCAAUGAAGCAAGAGGCUAUCUACCAAUUUCUGACAGCUGUCCCUGACCACGUAGCUGGUUCCAAUUCAACUUUUGAUGACAUGGAAGUGUUUUUACAUGGUAUUGGUCUAGAACACAUAAUGGGAUUAUUGAAGGAAAGAAACACUACUUUAAGACAACUUCUGAUCAUGCAAAAAGAUGAGUUAAUAGAGAUUGGUAUUACAAAUCCUGGAGAUCAACAGAAACUCCUAGAUGCUAUUAGUGAGAUACAAGUGGAAGAAAUAAGAAUUGGAGACCUCCCUGAAGUGGUGAAGAUGGAAUUGAGUGGAGAUGAGUUCCUCAAGUUUCUUUGGAAGUUGAAUAAAGAGUGUAAUAGGCUGACUGUUCCUCUGCAGAUUGUGAAUAAGCAUUUCCAUGAAAAUUCUCACAAGCUGGUACUGCAGUGGGCACCGACUGAAAGGUUUAUUGAAGUCUGUAAAGACUUGGGUUGCAGCGUUGAAAAUCUAGGCAUGGAAGUUGCCAGACUGAAGGACCUGAUAGAGAAGCAUGAAGAGAAGUAUGACCCUACCCGAGUGAGACUUUCAGAGAAAGCCCCCACCUUGGAAAAACGAUUAGUAAAAAUGGGAACUGUAACAUUGCUUGGAUUUGUUUUUUAUUUCUUUAUAACUAAGCUAGUGGUAAAGAAAACCUGA